AUGAACGGCGACAGCGGCUCGAAACGGGUACUACAAAUUGAAGAGGGUCAGCACUAUUUUCUCGAACCGGAAGACGAACUGCCUUACAUAUUACUGCGCAAUCUGGGUCAUGGCGGCUGCGCCAAUGUAGAAGAGGUUCUCGACCAGCGUACCGGUAGGGUCUUCGCGCGGAAGGUCUUUCGAAUCGGUGGCUCCUCUGCUGAAAGGAAGAGGAUCUUUGAGAACGAGGUCAAAGUCAUUCGACGGUUAGCUCCACAUCAUCAUAUCACCCAGAUCUUUGCUACGUAUGUAGGGAGGCGUCAAGUAGGUAUUUUGCUGACACCGGUUGCCGAUCGCGGUUCGCUGGACAUAUUCCUGCAGGAUGCUCAGGAUGGCCUCCUCACACAGGCUGACCUGAACGUCCUGUACUAUUCUUUCGGAUGUCUUGCCAGCGGACUACAAUUCAUGCACGCCCAGAAAGUGCGACACAAGGACAUCAAACCUCACAACAUUCUUGUACACAGAAACUCCUUAAUAUACACAGAUUUUGGGUCGUCUCUCGACUACAGCGCAGCCACGCGAAGUGUCACUACGGGCCGACCUAACUCUACUACUCGCAGGUACGCUGCUCCGGAGUUGCACGAUUGGUCACCACGUAGCUCUAAAACGGACAUAUUCUCGCUCGGGUGUGUCUAUUUUGAGAUCCUUAGCGCUCUAAUGCGUGACCAGAUAGAGCCCAACAUGACACCCUACCGAGACCAUACCGAAGAGAUUUGCACGCUCAUGCAGUUAACAAGUCAUGAAAGUAAUGAUGCCUGGAUUCGAUUGGUCAUAGAAAUAACUGGCCAGAUGCUCAACCUUGAGCCAGAAUCUCGACCCUCAGCAGAAACAAUUACCAGUCAACUAUGGGCAGAGUGGCCAAAAGCAUUCUGUAAGAAAUGUCAGAGAAGCUUGUCGAUAUCGACCACGACAGCAAUUUCAGUCAAUCUGGUCUCCAAUCCAACGACGACUAGAGCUAACUGGCCUGAUCACCAGCCGCUCUACGAUGACAUGUAUCAACCAGAAACGAGUGAUUAUGGCGCGAGCCAAUUGGACAUCCUGGAUCCGCUAUCGGCAUUUCAAGAAGACCCGGUUUCGCUAUCAGUAGUGCGGCGGUUGUCCAGCGACCACCUCUAUCUAACACCAAUACCACGUGUGCUGGAUGCUCACAGGUACCUGCAAACCCAUCCACCCAGACAGGAUUAUCAAUUCUUAGACGAGGGUCAUCCAUGGACAGAACCGGAUGCCAUGCCGACAAUACAAUUGCCUUACUCUCAUCAUGGCCACUUACCGCAAUCGGCAUUGUGCUUUGGUGUUCCAAAAGGAGCUCCUUCCGACCUGACCGAAGCGAGUGACUCAGUCGUGCCGGGCAUGCUUGAAUGGCAAGAUGGAGGCAACAAUUACUUGGAGUACACCGCCCAAACCUUUGCACCAGAACCCACACUAACCGAACUGCAGGGUUUACAAUGGAAAGCUCCUUGA